AUAGUUUAUGUCACGCAUUGCAUUUAAAAAUACCAGUAGGUAAGAUGAUGUUAUUUGCAACAUUCAUUAAAAAGUGUGCACUCAGUCAGCCAAGCACAAAUCAACAUAUGACAGACUACAAAGAAAUACCAAAGUAAAAGGAAACUCAAGAUGAAACAGAGUGAGGUCAUUGGUUUCUUGCAUUAUCCUGAAGAUGUUUGUCAACAUUUUAAUUUAGCAAAUGGCCACUAUUUUUUUUAAAAAAGAGAGAGAGAAAAAAACCCUUUGUUUUGACAAAAUCAUGAUCUGGGGGGAGGAACUUCUGAAAAAUCACAUUAACUAUUUCCACUCUGUACUUCUGAAUGAGUCCUCCAGCAAAAAGGGAAGGGACGUUAUGUGCAAUCUGGUAGCGUUAUCUGUGAGAGGAUCAAGGAGAAACCAUUCCUUCAGAUUUAACUCUCCUCCUUUAAUAUCUGUCGUACUUGUAGGUUGUAAACACACAACUGAGAUAUGGCAAGGAUUAUAAGGAAAACUAUCUUGGAUCUUCACUACAUCUGCUGCUCUCAUUAGGCAAUCCAUCAGUAUGUGUGAGCAAGGCAGACCUCAAGACAGGAAUUCAGCUGAUAAAGUGAAUGCAAAUCACAGAUGCCAUGAAAUGUCCCCUGGCCUUCCCAUGCCACAGCCAGUGCCUCACUGGGGUGAGAAGGCGCAAAGCCCACACUGCUGUUGUUGGGUUUGGGUCCCACUGCAGCGUGUGGGCACAUUUCCUGCGGGGAGCUGUGGCAGGAGCUGGACGCACUUGGCACCUCAUUGUGGCCACCGCACCCCAGCACAGAACCCAUUGCCCCACCAGCCCGGGAGUGGGAACAGCCGGGAGCUGCUGGAGCGCGUCGUGAUGGCACUGAAGGUCACACAGGGAGUCAGCUAACAAACGCAUGCUUUUCGGCUUUUCCCUCUUGCCGCACAGAGCGGUUGCUGUUGAGGCGAGCAUCCAUAGGGAUGAGCAGCUGGAGAGGCUGCUCCCUGUGCCGAGGGCACAGAAGGCCGAGGCUGGGUCAGGUCUGGCACACGUGGCUGCUCCAGCAGCUGGCCAGCAGUGGGCACGGGGCAUCCUCUGCGCCGUGGGGAUGCAUGGCUGCCGCAAGUCCAGACUUGAAUCACGACGUGGUGUGCACUUCAGUCUCAACCAGCGUGCAGCACCGGGGGAGCUGAACAGGUUGAGUGACUUCAGGCUGUGGGAGGAAUAAUCGUCUUGGGUUGCUUCAGAGAGCUGAGGCAGCCAAACUGGGCGAGGAUGGCACUGCGGAGUGCCUCGCGUCUCUGCCAGGUACCUCCGGAGAGUGUUUGUGUUUGAAGGACUUUUUAUAGAACUGCUGUCAAAAUGGGUAGAGAGAAAGUUUAAUUGGGACUGAUCUGAAAAACGAGGUGGCAGGUAGGUGCGCGAGGGAUGUAUGCAGCAAGUGGCUGCUUUCAGCCGGAGCCCAGUGUGAACAGGUCCAGUCUGAUGUUUAUCAUGGACUCAUCUCCUGAGCUAGCAAUUUUUUUACUGUUGUGUCAGUUAUGAUCCGCAGACCAGGAAGCAUUAAAGACAACUUUGUGUACUGUGUAAGUAAGGCUGAGCAUCCUGUCCUGCUGCAGCCAGCGCUGCCCCAGCCGGCAGUGGGGAGCCAGCUCGCCCCAUCUGAGCUGCGGGAUCUGUCUGCCCAGCGAGCAGGACCUGCCUCUGGUGCCAGCCCAAACGUCGUCCCCUUGCGCAUACUGAGUCACAAGUGACUCACUUCAAACUUGGAUGUGAGCGCAAAGUAUACAUUUGCAAAUUGGCUGGUGAGGCACUGCUUUGCAAUGUAGGUGGGAUGUAUUACAUACUCCAGCAGUCAAGUUCUGCUCUUUUUUCCCUCCUCCCUCUCCCUCUGUGCAGGAUAGCUGUUUCAGCCCAGGAUUUUGGUGUGGUUCUUGCAGGCGCAGGAAGGCAUAUCAGCCUGCUCCAGUGGAUGGGGCAUGUGGAUGGCUCUGCUUGUGACAGAGCUCUGCACUGAAGAUGGAUGAUUUAGCGCUCCUUGACCUGUUGGAGUGUCCUGUGUGCUUUGAAAAGCUCGAUGCCACAGCAAAGGUGCUACCUUGCCAGCACACUUUCUGCAAGCCCUGUCUGCAGAGGAUCCUGAAAACCCAGAAGGAGCUCAGGUGCCCCGAGUGCAGGACCCUUGUCCUUUGCAGCAUCGAGCAGCUGCCCUCCAACCUGCUCCUCAUUCGCCUCCUGGAUGGAGUCAGGUGUGGACAAAACGUUACCAGGUUUGGCUCAAUCCAGAGGUCAGGGGUCCUGUCCUCCCCUGCCUCCAUCAGGAGAGUCCCCAGGGGGUUGCAACUUCAUCAGCACCGGCUGCUGACCAAUCCCAGGAUCCACAUGGAAGGGGUCCCAAGAGCCAAGGCCCUGUACACCUACCGAGGGCACAACCCCGGGGAGCUAAGGUUCAACAAGGGGGAUAUCAUCAUGCUGCUCCGUCAGCUGGACGAGAACUGGUAUCUGGGGGAGGUCAACGGGAUCAGCGGCGUUUUCCCAGCCAGCUCCGUGCAAGUCAUCAAGCACCUACCCCUGCCAGCACCCCUUGGCAGAGCACUCUACAGCUUUGACCUGAGGAGCAGGGAUAAGACUGAAAACAAGGACUGCCUGACGUUUCAUAAGCCAAACACCACUGCAAGGCAACUCCUGCAGACCAGCAAAAGCCACUGGUCCCCUCAGUUUAAGCGCACAUCCCUCCGAACGGCAUCUCCCAAAGCAAAGGGCGCGGAUUCACCAGCUUUCCCCAAGGUGCCCGACUCCAGGUGCAAGAGCCUGCGGCAGUUCUCCAUCACCACUGCCCUGAACACCCUCAACCGGAUAGUCCACGCGCCUGCUGAGCGGCAGGCGCUGGAGAUCAGCUCCCCCGUGCUCAUCAGCUCCAGCAACCCCACCGUGGCCACCCAGAGCAGCGAGAAAGCACAGUUUCCCUGCAGCAGCCCUCUCCAGGUCAGUGCAUCUUACUACCCUGUGCCAGGAUCACUGGGGCACUCUGCAGCCAUUGUCACUCUUCCCCAUCUGCAGCAUCACAUAUCAGCUUAUAUGUGCGUGGCUCUCCAUUCCUACAUGGCUCAUGGACCAGACGAGCUGGAGCUGCAGAAGGGAGAAGGGGUCCGCGUCUUCGGGAAAGACCAUGACGGCUGGCUGCGGGGCAUGUCCCUUGUCACCGGGAGAGUGGGGAUCUUCCCCAGCAACUAUGUCGCUCCCCUCUUUAGGAAAUCUAACCUCUCCGACUCAAAAAUGCCUUCCCUGUACGCCUCGUGGACGCUGUCGACCUCCUCACUCUCCUCCCAAGGGAGCAUCUCAGAAAACAGCCCCAGACAAAGCAGACCUUUGAAACCAGCGCUGCUGCCCGUGCCCAUCACCUCACCCAGCAGGAGCGCGGCAGCCUCAGGACAAGCAUCACUGCGGCGCGGACGCAGCAGCACGAGGAAGAAUGGAUCCCUGCAGAGGCCGGGGCAGGCAGGGACCCCCGUGCAGGUUGCCGGCUCCCUCAGGCGUCCUCCCACAGCUGUGGCGCGACCUCAGCAGUUUCAGCUUUAUCAGCACAUCAGCCCCCAGCCGCACAGCAUCCCUCCUGGAGCUGGCAUGGCCGAGGCAGGAACGAGGCCAAACUUCUCCCACGAUGCUUCACCGGCACUUGCGGUCAGAGGAGGGGAAAGCCGAACCCCCUCUGUGUGCAGCUCAGUGAUCCUGGAUGCCAAAGACCCUCCAGCAAAGAGCGAGGCAGCUCCGAAGCCACCUGCAUCAGCCCCACCAUCCAUCCUGGUGAAACCAGACACCUCCCGCAACAGCGCCGAAAAGCAAGUGAAGACGGUGCGGUUCCAGAACCACAGCCCCCCGCCGCCCAAGCGGCACAGCCUGCAGCCUUCCCCGAGCCUGCCGCGCAGCAGGAUGGAGCCGGCGGCCGCAGCAGAGGCUCUCCUGCCAGAGGCCAGCCUGCCCGGCCCUGAGCUGGCAGUGCUCUACUCGCCCAGGACCAGCUCCAGCCCCCUGCACCAGCGACGAGCACUGCACCCGAAGGCACUGUCGCUGGACCUCUCCGGGCAGCUGACCUUCCCUGUCAAGAAGAACUACAGCAGCAUUUCUGCAAACUGACAGGGUAACUCCUCCGCUUGCUUUCCUUCAUGCACCUGCUCCGCUCCUCCCUCCUGUGAGGGGCGAGGGCCCCGGACCCCGCACCAGCAUUCCCCAUGUCCCCACGCCUCCACACCGCCAGCAUCCUCAGCACCUGCAAGUCUGAGGCUUGCAGAGAACUGGGGGAGCUCCCGAGAGAGCAGGACGGGACAGGACAGCAUCCAUCCCUGCACUGGAGAGUCCUGUCCCAGCCCCUGCCGUGCUGAGCGUGGCUGGAGGAGCCCCCCUCCCCCAGGGCUGCUGUGAGCACCAGGGAGAUGUGAAGGAGGGUUGUGGCAUCCACCAAAGGGACGUUCUUUGGUGUCAUAUAAGGCUGCCUGUAAGGUGCUGGAGGAGGAGUGGGAAGAGGAAGAAAGCGUGCAGGUAUCAGAAAUAGUUAAAGCUUGUUUUGAUCUCCACACUGCUGCAGGAAAGCCUACAGAGAUCAAAACACUGGUUCAUUACCUUCCUGCUUCUGCAGGAUAAAGAAACCAUAAAUCAAAAUCAGUCAGUUCCUAGCUGACGAUUUGUGUUGCCUUUUGAGGGGAGGAGGGGGUCGCUCAGAUUUUUUGUUAGGUUUGUUUCUUGCUUGCUUUUCUGUUUGGUUUUAGUCCAGGAGUUUUAACACAGAAUACAAUUUAAAAGGUGAUCUGGAGAGGAAAGAGACAAUGGAAAGGGAGGUGCCAUUACCGCAGUCACUUAGACUCUGUAGACAGGGGUAUUGAAUCUUGCUUCUCCUCAUUGCUUGGUUUCCCCUAGUUACCUGCCAGCUACCUCCUAGCAGUCCAUGAGCUCACUCCAACUUCUUCCCACCAACCACCCAUUCAGAUACUGCUUUUGUAAAUAUCCUAAGUGGAAUUCAUGGGCUUAAGUCUACAUUACGAUGCAUGAAAACAUAAAAGAAAGCAGAAUUCAGCAAUUACUGUGCCACAGGCCACCCCUCUGUCACAGCACACCAGCUCCAGGUUUCAGCUGACCCCGUUUCAAGCAUCUUUCUGUGAAUCCAUGGAAGGCAGGCAGAGUCAGAGCACUGUGUCCAGCUUGCCAGCUGGAACCUCUCUCCAGCAAACCCGUGCAUGACAGCUUUUGUUUUUAUUGUUGGUUUAUAGACCAGCAAUUCUCACCCUAGCUACAGCCACCAACUGCUAGAACUCCUAAUAGCAGUAACUGUGCUUCAUCCAAAACUGCUGUAAAAUCACAUCUUUGGUUAAUUGCACACAAAACCCAUGAAAUUAACUCCACGGUCAACAAAAACUCUCUGCAGCACUAGCACAGCUUCAGAGAAGGAAGUUUUCUUCUGGAACUAAGAAAAGGAAACUGAUAAAGUAAUUUAGUAGUCUACAGCCCCUGCUCUUUUACUCUUUCAGACUUUUUCUGUUUGUGGAACAGGAAGCCGGCAUCUGCCUACAGGGAUUUUCAGUAGCGCAGAAGCCAUCAGUGGCACAGAUAAGUUCUUCACCUUGUGCUCUCUGUCACUAUUUAAGCUCUGCAGAAAAAUCCUGACAAACUGAAAAUAUGCGGUUUGCCCAGGUAUAAAAGGUGGUUGUGAGCUGCAAAUCAGAGCAUGAAUAUGACUCUCAGCAAUGCCACCUCAAAAGCAGUUGAGCAUCUCAGAGAAGACAUGCCAGUUCUUUGCUGAAGACUCCUCUCAUCCCUUUAAAACUAAACCAGAAAACCUCAAAAGCUGACUGUAUAACCAAGAACAUAUCCACUUCUCCCAAGCACAUUCAGAAAUAAACAGAAUUGCAUUAAGUGUGUCCAGGACCAGCUUGGGAAGUAAUUCAUAGUGUUGGUUUGGAGGGGCUGCCUGCUCACGCCUGGCUCCAGAUGCGCUCACUCGCUGCCUGCAUGCUAAUGAGAGGACAGGCGGCUUGUGAAGACCUGAUCUGCACCCACCGACGAGCAUCUAAUGCAUUCCAGCAGCUGACCUCCCACAGGACUCACAAAAGACAGUGACAUGGGUGGCUGGAGCUACACGAGAACUAAUUAUGCAGAUGGAAAUGCUGGCAGGCAAAGAAGGAGCAGUAGGAAAAGUGAAGCCCAGCUGAAUACUUGGCAGGGAUGGUGUGUGUAGGGAAGGAAAGGGAACAUCCAUAGUUUACUGCCCCCCAAAAGCAGUGUCCUCAUCUCACGCCAACGUACCAGAGCCAAGGUCUGGCAGGACUGCCUGGGUCACUGUUUGCUGAGUGGGGUGACACGCCGGGAGCAGGCUGGGCUGUGCCCUGGGGAGGGGGACAGGCUGACCCCUGCACACGCACCGCAGCUGAUGCCGAUCCCCAGCUUUUAUACUCUGCAGCGAGAGGCAGCCGUGAGCCCCCCAGCUCCAGCAAGCUCAGUGUCCCCAGAGAGUUGGGAACAAGGUGAUGGGCCAGGGACACUGCAGCAGCUCUAAUCAAAGAUCUUCCCUUGUUACUGGCAAUUAACCCUGCCCUGCAAGACCCCAGUGCCUCUUUCAUCAGGAACUCAGAAGAAACGUUCCUCUGGACCAGGCAGCACAUCAGUAACUGCUGACACUCAGGAGGGAGCUCAGUGCAAUCUGCAUGCAGAGAGUCAACUGAAGAUGAGGGGCAAAAAGAAAACAACAAACCGUAACUCACCAGGGGCUUCAGACAAAUGUACAGUGAUGUAAGUCACCUUGUAAAUUUAAUGUACAAGUGGGGCAGGUUUUCUCAUGAGAGGCAGGCAUGCGAAGCCAGGCAGCAAGGAAGAAUCUGAAGUUCAGUUUGGGGCUCCAAAAUGAAAAGCUCCAAGAGCAACAGACAGAAGUGACUGCAGCUCUGUUUCUCAUGCCCCAGUCCUGCCACCAAAGCCCAGGUUUGAGGAAAGACAGCACCUCCCUCAGCCCAAUUUAUCAAGAUGCGCUAAGCUUCAGGGGACACCAAGAGCAUCAGGAAAGGCUGAAGGUGCUCAGCACGCCUUAAGAUUUCACAAGCCAUAUAGUCCUUCUGGGCUCACAACACACCACUUGUCAGUUCAGAAUAUUGCCUUCCAUAAACAAAAUCACCCUCUUAUCCUCUCAUAUGAAGAUAAACAGCAAUAAGGUUUCACAGCACCCAUGCACACAGAGAAGCCUGCAAAAUUGUUCAGGCCAUUACACGAUACUGAAGUCUUACGACAAAUAACACCAAAAAGUACCAUAAAUCUCUCCCGGACUUGGCCUUUAACCCACCGCAUUAUGCUAACAAGUGACAGUGCUGAUGGGGAGGGAGAGAGCUGUGACACUCAUGCACACACACACACAUCAUGGGCAAUGCAGAAAGGAGGCACUAACAGCCAAAUUGGUGCUUUGGUAAAAGAGCAGACAGCUAUUUUAGGACAGAUGUCUCAAGAUUCUUGCACAGGAUAUUUGAGUGCUUUGAUGCUAUGGUGAUAAGUGUCCUAAAUAUAUUAAAAAUACGUAGGGAGAGAGAACUGAAAACAAGAUAUAUUUCAAAGCAACAGCUCUAAUAAGCAUCUUAUUCCCAUAG